GCAGCGGAUGUGUGGUGGAUAGGAGGCGGAAGCUUUGUGUGCGCUUGCUCUGCCUGUGUGUGUGUGUGUGUGGAGACGUGCAGAAUGGCUCAUCCUUCUCCCCAAUGCAAGCCCGCAAACCCCUCCAACCCGCGGAUCUUCCUGGACGUGAGCGUGGGGGGCGAGUUAGUUGGACGGAUAGUUCUGGAGCUAUUUGCAGAUGUUUGUCCUAAAACAGCUGAGAACUUCCGUGCAUUGUGUACCGGAGAGAAGGGAAUUGGACCAACUACCGGAAAACCUCUCCAUUUCAAAGGCUGCCCCUUCCACAGGAUUAUAAAGAAGUUCAUGAUUCAGGGAGGAGAUUUUUCCAAUCAAAAUGGAACUGGAGGUGAAAGCAUCUACGGCGAGAAAUUUGAAGAUGAAAACUUUAAAUACCAGCAUGAUCAAAUAGGACUGCUCAGCAUGGCCAAUGCUGGAGCAAACACCAAUGGUUCGCAGUUUUUCAUCAUUACUGUGCCUACUCCUCAUCUGGACUACAAACAUGUGGUUUUUGGUCGGACCCUGAAAGGAUUGGGAGUGAUAAAGAUGCUGGAAGACGCUGAAGUGAAAGAUGAAAAGCCCGUAAAGCAAUGUAUUAUAGAAAACUGUGGAGAACUUAAAGAAGGAGAUGAUUUGGGUCUAGCUCCUGCUGAUGGAUCAGGGGAUGCAUAUCCAGAUUUCCCCAAGGAUAUUGAUGGAGAUUUAAGUGAUGUUGAUACUAUUUUUCGGAUCGCAGAAGACUUAAAGAAUCUUGGAAAUAACUUCUUUAAAUCCCAGAACUGGAUCUUGGCAGACAGCAAAUACACCAAGGCGUUAAGAUAUAUAGGUGCACUAAGAAAUGGAAUGAAUCAAGAACCAGAAGAGAAGGCAGUUAAAAAUCUGGACGGCGUUGCACUGAGCUGUCACCUGAACAUUGCUGCAUGCAAGUUGAAACUAUGUGACUGGGAUGGUGCCAUUCAACGCUGUGAUGAGGCUCUGGCAAUUAAUCAAUCAAACACAAAGGCACUUUACAGAAGGGCUCAGGCUUGGCAAGCAAAGAAGGAUUACGAUCAGGCACUGGAUGAUCUUAAGAAGGCUCUGGAUAUAACACCCGAUGACAAAGCUGUAAACAAUGAAAUACUCAGAGUGAAGCAAAAGAAAAAGGAACUAAAAGAGAAGGAAAAAGCAACUUAUGCAAAAAUGUUUGCUUAAUAAUCGAAUUUUUGUUUACAGUCCUGAACAGCCCCGGGUUUAUUUUGGGAAUAAUUUUGAGGGCAUUGAUGUGUGAGUCUGUAGCUUGUUUGUCGGAUAAUAUCUAUUGUCGAAAAAAACAAUAGAGUUUAGAUGGUGGGUAAACAUUUGGAUUUAGCUGCACUACUUGCAAUAGAAUUGUUAAAAAUAUUAAAAUAAAUAUCGAAAACAAAGGUCUGAACUGUUUCUCCUGCCGUAGAGGAUGAUGUUUCUGUUUACGACUCUUCACAGUAAUUACAUCAGAGAAGUCAAAUCUGGAAGAACGCUUAUGCCUUUAAAUUACUAUUUCCAUUUGAAAGAGAUUAGUGAAUUCUUUAUACUUUAUUGUCACAUGUGACAAGUCACAGUGAAAUUCUUUGCUUGGGUAUGCAAUAGUCACCACAUAAAGGACGGUGAAAAAGUUACAAAGUAUCCCACCUUUGUUCUCCCACUCCCUCACGGCGGUCUCCCCACGGGUCCUCCUUUGUUGUUCCUCCCGGCGGCAGCGUCUUCACUCCGACAUGGUCCAUCGGUCGGUGACAUUAAUGUAUGCCAAGUUGCCUAACCAAGGUUGUUUCACUUGCCUGCAUCUGGCUCAAAUUCCUCUAAAAACGAUUGUUUUCUGUGCACCUGUGUCUUUCAAAUGUUGUAAUUGUAUUUGCUUCAACCACUUCCUCCGGCAGCUCAUUCCAUGUACGCGCAUCCCUGAGUGUGAAAAAUUGCCCCUCUUGUCCCUUUUAAAUCUUUCCCCUCUCACCUCAAACCUAUGUCUUCUGGUUUUAGACUCCCCUUCCCUGGGGAAGAUGACUAUUCAACUUAUCUCUGGCCCUCAUGGCUUUAUAUACCUCAACUGUUACCCCUCAACCUCCUCUGCUCCAGGGAAUGAAGGGCCAGCCCCUCUACACAACUUUUCUUACAUUCUUUACAGUUUAAUGAGAUGCUUUCUUUAGUAUUUAAUAUUGUGAGCAAUUUUGGGCACCAUAUCUGAGAUACGAUGUGCUGGCCCUGGAGAGGGUUCAGAGGUGGUUUACAAGAAUGAUCCCAGGAAUGAGUGGGUUAACUUGUGAUGAGCGUUUGAUGGCACUUGGCCUGUACUCUCUGGAGUUUAGAAGAAUGAAGGGGGGACCUCAUUGAAAUGUACCGAAUAGUGAAAGGCUUGGGUAGAGUGGAUGUGGAGAGAAUGUUUCCACUUAUGGGCGUCUAGGACUAGGGGUCAUAGCCUCAGAAUUAAAGGACGUUCCUUUAGGAAGGAGAUGAGGAGGAAUUUCUUUAGUCAGAGGGUGGUGAAUCUGUGGAAUUCUUUGCCACACAAUUGAUAUUUUUAAGGCAGAUAUAGUUUCUUGAUUAGUAUGGGUAUCAAGGGUUAGUGGGGGAAGGCAGGAAAAUGGGGUUAUGGGGGAGAGAUAGAUCAGUCAUGAUUAAAUGGCGGAGCAGACUUGAUGGGCCGAAUGGCCUAAUUCUGCUCCUAUCACUUAUGACCUUACGAUCCCAUCGUAAUCAUAGAAACCCUUAAUUGAGCCAUUGUCGAACCUGGAACAUUGAGCUGUCAAAUUCGGUUUCCAAAGCUUACUUACUGCCACAGCCAGAGCAUGUUCUGUUCAUCCGAUUCUUGAGGUCAACAUUUAAAAGUUAUGAACAGAAUAUUUUUACAUUGUGGCCCGGAAUUUCUUUGAGUUCAUUUCACCCAGCUUAAUUAUAAAUUGAAAAUUAAUGACGAAUGGCAAUUCAAAUGCAACAUUCUAUUUAUACUUGAGGCACAAAAUGGGUGAUCUACCCUUUUUAUUUGAAAAACUGACCACAUUAAGCUCUGGCAAAUUUUCAUCUGUCAACUGUACUGUCCUUGAAAAUGGCAUUUUGUGGGACAUUGUCCCAGUUGUUACCGGAUUUCUGUAACUUUUCACUUUUCUUUUCCUCUGCAAAAAGCACAUAAUGAUACAAACAAAUUAUAAUAAUCGCAGUGAUACAAGAAACAAUUGUACCCCUCAACGUUUCAAUGGGGUUUAAUGAGGAAUUAAACCAUUCAUUAUUCAUUGGUGCUCCAAUAUUACACUUCUGACAAAUGAUGGCUAAAGAGCCUGUCCCACGUUCAUGCGACUGCAUGCGGCAAGCGCGACCAAACCGGAAGCGGGGGCCGCAAGGAGGUCGAGUGAUCCCCGUACAGGGCUGUCACACCAGCAUGCGGCGAGCGCGACCAAACAAGAAGCGGGGGCCGCGCGGAGGUUGAGUGAUCCCGUACGAGUUGACAUGAAGUUCGAGCGAAGUCCGCAGGAUGUUCGCGCUAGGCGUACGCCGUCAAGACGCUGCGUAAGGCAUCGAGACGGUGCGUACGGCCUCAAUGCGGCUGGGGGCUGGCAGGCCGUGGCCGCGCGAAAUUUUUGAACAGUCAGUAUUUCGAAGCCCCGCGCGAUGUCGGGACCAGUUCCGCACAACUCCAUACGGCUCCGGCGAUCAAAAUGGGACCGGCCCUGCGAGGUCGUACGGCUCAAGCGACAACGUUAGGUCGCGCUUGUCGCAUGCUCGUGGGACAGGCCCUUUAGUCUAUAUCCCUCUUGCAGGCUGGUAUUCUGACCAUCAGUAUUUAAGUCCAUUGAUAAAUUUGUCAAAUUCCAAAUUAAUUGUAUUUUGCGAAAUAUAUCGGAGGCAUAAGUUGGAUAUUUUUUGUGGUUUGUCUUCUGGUCAGAGGUUUGUCAGUUAUUAAAGUUGAAAUGUAAAUGUGUACUAUUAGCAGCAAAUGGUAGUAUCUGAAUUCAUUCGAUAAUAGCCUUCCAAUGUAUCUGUUAAGAAACUAUUAAAUUUUGUCUUUAAAUAUAAAA